UUUAAUAACCCCUUUUUUUAAAAAAACAAAAAAAAAUGAAAACAUUUAACCCUAUAUUCAUUUCAUUUUUCUAUUUGUUUGUAUCUAUAGUAAGAUCACAAACUCCUGUUCCCGCAUCUGUUCCCAUUGACAUAUCAAAUCUUGGUGCGAAGCCCGAUGGAGAUGCAACACAGGCUAUGAUGGCUGCAUGGAAGGAAGCAUGCGCAGCAAUAGCACCAGCAAAAAUUAUAGUCCCAGUAGGAACAUAUACACUAACUGCGUUGAAGCUUCUUGGUCCAUGCAAAGCCCCAAUUACUAUUGAAAUUGCCGGAAACUUCAAAGCCCCACCAGAAGUAGCUGUAUUCAAAGGCGAAGAUAGUUGGGUUAAAUUCGAACAUGUGGAAGGCCUUACCGUCACCACUCUCCCCGGUGGAGGAACUUUUGACGGUCAAGGACAAGUAGCAUGGAAGCAAAACAAUUGUGCAGCAACUGGCACUUGCGACAAUCUUCGCUAUAAUUUUAGGUUCAACUUCCUUACAAACACUAAGAUAGAUGGGAUUAGCUCGUUGAACAGUAAGUUGUAUCAUAUGGCAGUUUUGGAGUGCAAAAACUUAACACUAUCUGGGAUUAAAAUUGACGCACCAGCCGAUAGUCUUAACACGGAUGGCAUUCACAUUGGACGCUCAAAAGAGAUUACAGUGAGCAAUGCAAAGAUCGGUACAGGGGACGAUUGUAUUUCCAUGGGUGAUGGGGCUGUUAACGUUAACCUUGAAGGAAUCGUUUGUGGGCCUGGCCACGGUAUUAGCAUUGGAAGUCUUGGUAGGUACGCUAAUGAAGCUCCCGUCACAGGCGUCCAUGUUAAGAAUUGUACCAUCAGCAACACUGAUAAUGGUAUUAGAAUUAAGUCUUGGCUCAACUCAUUUGAAACUAGUGCUUCCGAUCUCCACUUUGAAGACAUUACUGUUGACAAUGUCCUUACUCCUGUGUUGAUCGAUCAAGAAUAUUGCCCUUACAAUCACUGCAAGGAAAAGACACCAUCUAAAGUUAAGCUUAGUAACAUCAGUUUCAAGAAUAUCAAGGGGACAGCAGGAGCAAAGGAGGCGGUGAAGCUAUUGUGCAGUAGUGGAGUUCCUUGUGACAAGGUGGAGCUAGCUGACAUCGACUUGACAUUUGCUGGUGGUGCUGUUUCAAUGUGUAAAAAUGUUAAGCCUAUCACAACUGGCACACAAAACCCAAUUGCUUGUGGUGCACCUGCCCCUGCUAGCCUGUAAUUAGUUUUCUAAUUCGCUUUCUGAAAUUUUGUAAUAACUUUACUUAAAUUUU